GCGCCUUGGCGGGAUUUGAGGUGUAAGGAACGUUGUGCGAUGAGUGUGGUGGAACUAUGAGGGUGAUUGAUCGUGCACUCGUUGACGUUGAGAGAGCUAAGAAACGCGCUAACCUAUACAUGGAGUUAAUUGAUGUGAUGAUUAAGCAGCGAUCGACGCGACGCGACGCGCCUUUUCGCGCCCUCAACACCGGCGCUAUACGAACUGCCAGCAACACCCCCUCUGCCCACCAGAACUUCUCGUACAGCGCGCACAAUGGACCGACAAAGUACUUACACAGUCAGUCUCUUCGGGAGCCAGCAUGGCGACGACCGGAAUGAUGGCAGUUCGCCAUCUCGAAUCCAGAGCGCCCUGGUGGAUUUCGUCAUGGAUUUCCACCUUGAUAAUGUCUUCAUUUACAGAGACCAGAUUCGGGAGAAUGUGCUGGUCAAGCAGUAUUACUGCGACAUUGACAUGGCUCACCUCAUUUCCUACAACGACGAGCUGGCAGAUAUGCUUUCCCAGGACCCAGCGGAGAUCAUUCCCCUCUUCGAGGCCGCUUUGAAGAUUUGCACGCAGCGCAUCGUUUACCCCUCGCAAAAAUCCAUUAAACUCCCUGAACACCAACUCCUGCUCCACUCCUCAGCCUCCGAGCUAUCGAUCCGCGACCUGACAGCAUCACAUGUUUCCCGACUUGUACGGAUACCUGGCAUCGUCAUCGGUGCUUCAACGUUGUCAUCCAAGGCGACUGCAUUGGCCAUUCGCUGCCGGAAUUGCGGCCACGAAGACAUCCUCCCGGUGGCAGGUGGAUUCACAGGAGUUUCUCUACCUCGGACAUGUGCCAGGACGAGAACAGAGGGCGAUAAUUCGGAGAAAUGUCCCCUGGAUCCAUACUUUGUGCUACAUGAGCGGUGUCAGUUCAUAGAUCAGCAGGUGCUGAAGCUUCAAGAGGCCCCAGACCAAGUGCCUGUUGGUGAGCUGCCCCGUCACAUCCUGAUUUCUGCGGAUCGCUACCUUGCCAACCGGGUCGUUCCUGGUACUCGGUGCACAAUCAUGGGAGUGUUCUCUAUCUACCAGCAAAAGGGCUCCAAGCGGUCGCAAAACGCAGCAGUAGCCAUCCGAAAUCCCUAUAUUCGCGCUGUGGGUAUUCACGCGGAUGUUGACCACAGCACCAAAGGCAACGCUGUGUUUACCGAAGAGGAGGAGCAAGAGUUUCUGGAGAUGAGUAGGAGGCCGGACCUCUACGAGACCUUCGCCAAUUGCAUUGCCCCGUCCAUCUUCGGAAGUAAAGAUAUCAAGAAGGCAAUUGCGUGUCUUCUGAUGGGUGGUUCCAAAAAGAUAUUGCCUGAUGGUAUGAAACUCCGUGGUGACAUCAACGUCCUCCUCCUGGGCGACCCGGGUACCGCCAAAUCCCAACUCCUCAAGUUCGUCGAGAAAGUCGCCCCCAUUGCCAUCUACACCUCUGGCAAGGGCUCCUCUGCCGCCGGUCUUACCGCCUCUGUCCAACGCGAUCAUAACACGCGCGAAUUCUACCUCGAAGGCGGCGCCAUGGUGCUCGCCGACGGUGGCGUUGUGUGCAUCGACGAGUUCGACAAGAUGCGUGACGAAGACCGCGUCGCCAUACACGAAGCCAUGGAACAACAGACAAUCUCCAUCGCCAAAGCUGGCAUCACCACGAUUCUCAAUUCCCGCACCUCGGUCCUGGCAGCCGCCAACCCCAUCUUCGGCCGCUACGAUGACAUGAAGACCCCCGGCGAGAACAUCGACUUCCAAACCACCAUCCUGUCCCGCUUCGACAUGAUUUUCAUCGUGCGCGACGAGCACGAGCGCGGCCGCGACGAGCGCAUAGCCAAGCACGUCAUGGGCAUUGCCAUGGGCGGCCGCGGCGUUGAGGAGCCCAUCCAAGCGGAAAUCCCAAUCGACAAGAUGAAACGCUACAUUACGUAUUGUCGGCAGAAAUGCGCACCGCGGCUAUCGCCCGAGGCAGCGGAGAAACUGUCGUCCCAUUUCGUGUCGAUUCGCAAGCAAGUCCAUGCAAGUGAGAUGGAUGCGAAUGCUCGGUCUUCGAUCCCUAUCACCGUGCGUCAACUCGAAGCCAUUAUCCGUAUCACGGAGGCGUUGGCCAAGUUGCAGUUGUCACCUGUUGCGGACGAGAAACACGUUGAUGAGGCGAUAAGGCUGUUUUUGGCGUCGACAAUGGACGCUGUUAUCCAUGGCGAGGGCCAGAGUUCCAAGGAGCUCAUGGAGGAGGUGAAUAGGGUUGAGGAGGAACUCAGGCGGCGGAUGCCGAUUGGUUGGCAGGUAAAUCUUUCGACGCUCAAGAGGGAGUUUGUCGAUUCAAAGGGGUAUAGUGAGCAGGCGCUUAGUAGAGCGUUGCAUGUCAUGGCGGCGAGGGAGACGAUUCGGUGGAGGAACGGAGGGGCCGUCGUGUUCAGGAGUAGUGCAUGAAGGAUGGAAUGUUGCGCGCAUUUGGCAUGGCGUUGCGGUGUGGAUAUGCGUUGGGCUAGGGUGCGGCAAUCACGAACACGGAUUUAUGUAGUCUACUUACACAUCUUUUACACCAUCUCGGUUCUAGCUGUCUUUUGAGGUGGACUACGUGUAGAACGGUUGUCCAAUGACAUUCAAUGUUGCGUAGGUGUCAAUAGUCAGUCCCACUCCAUC